AUGAAGUGGCUUACACUGUGUAUGGGACUUCUUGUUACUGGAGUACCCCAGGGAGAUACUUUCAAUACUGUGCAAAAUGUGGACCCUGAAGUCCGCUUGAACAUUAGUGGAAUCAUUAGGCGCUGGGAUUACCCAGCGGAGGAGUAUGAAGUUGUUACUGAGGAUGGCUAUAUCCUAACUGUCAACAGGAUUCCACAUGGCAUCAAGACUUCCAAGCCCUUGCAAGAGCCCAAGCCUGUUGUCUUCCUCCAACAUGGUCUUCUGGGAGAUGCAAGUCACUGGGUGACUAACCUCCCCCGGUCCAGUCUAGGCUUCCUCCUAGCAGAUGCUGGCUUUGACGUGUGGCUGGGCAAUAGCCGGGGCAACACCUGGUCUAGAAAACAUGUCAAACUCAACCCUAAACGAUCUGCCUACUGGGCAUUUAGCUAUGAUGAAAUGGCAAAGAAGGACCUUCCAGCAGUGAUAGACUUCAUCACAAAGACUACAGGCCAGAAGCAAAUCUUCUAUAUUGGACAUUCUCAGGGAACCACUAUCGCAUUUAUCGCCUUUUCCACCAUGCCGGAGCUGGCCAGCAAAAUUAAGUUGUACAUAGCUCUGGCACCUGUAGCUACAGUAGGAUUCGCUGACAACCCCAUCACUAAACUGUCUGUUUUACCUGAUUUCACCCUUUGGAAAAUGUUUGGAAAGAGAAACUUUUUGCCUCAAAGCACACUCCUAAAAUUUCUCACCACAAAAUUUUGCAGCGGGAGAGUAACGGAUAAAUUGUGUGGAAACCUGUUCUUUCUCCUCUGUGGUUUUGUUGAGCAAAACCUGAAUAAAACCAGAACCCCUGUCUACCUUGCACACUCCCCAGCAGGGACCUCUGUCCAGAACAUGAUUCACUGGUCUCAGGCUAUUAAAAGUGGCAAGCUUAUGGCAUUUAACUAUGGAAGAAGAGGAAACUUUAUUCAUUACCACCAGUCUACCCCACCAGUGUAUAACGUUAAGAACAUGAAGGUGCCCACUGCUCUUUGGUCUGGAUCGGAGGACUCACUGGCAGACCCUAAGGAUGUGGCAGCCCUCCUCCAAAAAAUUCCUAACCUGGUCUACCAUCAAGAUAUAAAGUACUGGGAACACCUAGACUUCCUCUGGGGGUUGAAUGCCCCGGAAAAGCUGUAUUAUAACAUUGUCACACUGAUGCGUCAACACAUAUGA